UCACUGGACAACUCCGCGGAAGUGGGAGCAGUCUCUUGGUCAUCCCUGUACUGUCUGCAGUCGCUGGUCAUCCCCAGGACUGUCUGCAGUUUCUGGUCAUCGCCUGUACUGUCUGCAGUCUCUGGUCAUCCCCUGUACUGUCUGCAGUCUCUGGUCAUCCCCUGCACUGUCCACAGUCUCUGGUCAUCCCCCUGCACUGUCCGCAGUCUCUGGUCAUCCCCUGCACUGUCUGCAGUCUCUGGUCAUCCCCUGCACUGUCUGCAGUCUCUGGUCAUCCCCUGCACUGUCUGCAGUAUCUGGUCA